CGACCACCUGGCUCACAAUUCAGAAGCAGCUGUUACUGUUCAAAGCCUGGCAUUUUCCCAGGGGAAAAGACAGGGGGAGGGAGGUAGGAAGGAACUAAGCUUUUACCUGAAAGCAUGAUUCAACUCAGGAAGGCAGGUGAAGAAACCAGAGAUUCCUCCAGCCCUAAAUCAGUAGUCACCUCUAUCCUCUCCCCCAUGGACCUCAAGACCAGAACAUACCUGCAAGCUUCAUCCGUUUUCCCAUCUAACAAGACGGAUUCUCUUGAAGGUGACUCGAGCUUUUACUGUACCAGCAAAGAGAAUCCUUUUGCAGACACCUUCUCUGAUCCUCUCUGCAAGCUCAACCUUAAGGAGACCUCAGAAUUUGUGAAGGCCUUCCCAGUGACUUCCAAGAGCGGCAGUGAUUGCAGAGGCUUCCUUGAGGUCUCAGCUCAGAGGAGGAGAGAGGGGGUGAGCUCAGUGGGGCAGAGAAGAUUGGAGACUCCUUCCACUCCUGGGAGGCCAGUCUUCAGCUUUAGUCCUGGUUACCUCUCCAGGAAAAGCAUUCCUUCCAAGUGGGAUGAUGCAGAGAAGUGGUUGAUCAAUAGCUCCUGCCAUGAAUCGCCUGCCCAUGAGUUAAAGCCAUCAGAACCAUCAAGAGUUUCCAGGCAAAAUGAUGUCUUUCUGCAGAAAGGUGAUGCCUUUUCUGGGAAGGCGAGGCUUAGCGAGGAGAAGGCCCCGAGUGCCCCUGUCUCAAACAUUUAUGGGACAGUGAUGCCUCUGGAUCCAAAUGUAGCUUUCCAUGGAGCCUCAUCCGAUGUGCUUUUGAAAGAUAAGUUUACGGACAACGUGGAACCGAUCUUCCCCAAUUUUCGGUACUCGGAGCCCACUAAAGAAAGCUUUCUUUUCUGUGAAACCAUGAAGGAUGUGGCGACUGAAGUAGUUCCUGAGGUUCGUCGGAGAGAUGCUGGAACCGAGAUGACUCCUCCAGGUAGCUCGACCACAUCGAGAUGCCAAACUCCUAUUAAGAGCUACUCACCAGCAAGACACAACACUCCAGCUAACAGGUCUGGCCCUCUGGUGCCUUGUGACACCAUCAUUAGUAUCUCUGAGCUCAAGGACUGCCACUUUGCAAAGCUCGAGCUCAGUGCUCAGUAUGAUUCCAUGGUUGCAACUUGGAGCUCGAGAGAAGAGGAGGAAGAGGAGGUGUCAAGGAGCUUAAGGCAUUGUGAUAUAAAUGAUGGUAGGAAGAGCAUUGCUGAAUCCAGAGCUUCGACAUGGGAAGAGGAGGAAAAGAACAAGAGCUGCUUCAGAUACCAGAGAGAAGAAGCAAAAAUUCAGGCCUGGGUAAACCUUCAGCGUGCUAAAGCAGAAGCAGAGUCUAGAAAGUUGGAGGUGAAGAUACAGAAGAUGAGAUCUACUUUGGAAGAGAACCUGAUGAAAAGAAUGGCAAUUGUUCAUAGGAGAGCUGAGGCAUGGAGAGCAGCAGCCCAGCUGCAGCACUCGCAGCAGUUACAAAGAGCCUCCGGGCAAGCAAAGAAGAUGAAGUCACAGCCCAGCUCUCGUUUCUCCUGCCACACCUCCUGUGGCUGUUUUCCCUGCAACAACUCCCUCUAAGGCAAACAGAGCAAACUAUUUCUUCUCUCCCAAAAGCCAGGAAGGGGACCCCUUCUUUUCCCCAGCUGUCUCCAGAGCCCAAGAAGGUAGCAAAAGGAUCCAAGUCACGACUACCGUUUAGCUUCUUUCUUGUUUUUAUUCAAUAUGUGCUUUUUAAGCCUGAUGAGGAAAACAGGAUUGAUAUAAGUUUUAGCAAUCACAACCAAAGGUGUUGCUAUUUCAACUGGCAACGA